AUGGGUGGCCUUGCGCUGCUCGCACGCAGUGCCGGUCAUCGUGUUUCGGGCAGCGACCACGGCGUGUAUCCGCCGAUGAGUAGUCAACUCGAACAGCAGGGAAUCACUCUGUAUGAGGGCUACGAAGCCGACCAGAUAGAAGCCGAUACCGAGCUGGUAGUGAUAGGUAAUGCGCUCUCACGUGGCAAUCCGGCGGUGGAACAUGUGCUGUGUGAAGGCUUGCCUUUCGCUUCUGGUGCGCAGUGGCUAGGCGAGCACUUCCUGCGUGGUAAACAUGUGUUGGCUGUCGCUGGCACUCACGGCAAGACAACCACCGCAUCGAUGCUGGCGUGGAUGCUCGAAAGCGCCGGACUUGAGCCUGGCUUCUUAAUCGGCGGCGUACCUGAAAACUUCUCAGUCUCCGCCCGGCCCGGCGCUGGUGAACUGUUCGUUAUUGAGGCGGACGAGUACGACACUGCUUUUUUCGACAAGCGCUCGAAGUUUGUUCACUACCGACCAAACACUCUGAUCCUGAACAAUCUUGAGUUCGACCACGCUGAUAUUUUUGCAAAUUUGGCUGCGAUCAGAACGCAGUUUCACCAUCUGCUUCGUACCGUUCCGGGCAACGGACUGAUCAUAACCAACCAAGCCGACGAAAACCUGUCAAACGUAUUGGACAUGGGCUGUUGGUCGCCAAUACAAACGUUUGGUUCGCCGCAGUCCGAUUGGCACGGUGGUUUCCCUACCCAGAGCGGUAGUGAAAUCGUCGUUGCGAAUGAUCGCCAAGAGCAGCGAGUAAGCUGGGCUUUGAGUGGAGAGCACAAUCUAAACAAUGCAGUAGCGGCAGUGGCGGCAGCCCAUCAUGUCGGCGUUAACAUGGCCCAAUCUUGGUCGUCACUAGCCACGUUCAAGAAUGUGAAACGUCGACUGGAGGUGGUCGGCGAGAUCGCUGGUGUGACCAUUUUUGACGAUUUCGCUCAUCAUCCAACGGCUAUCCAGACGACGAUCGUCGGACUACGCAGGGCGCGGCGCGGCGGCAAAAUUCUGAUUGCGCUGGAGCCACGCAGCAAUUCGAUGAAAUAUGGCGCGCACACCGAUCAACUACCCGCGGCUCUGGCUGAAGCAGACCACGUAGUGGUACUCCGAACACAAGGGCUACAGUGGGAUCCGGAAAUCGAGCUGAGGGCGCUCGGCCACCGGCUGGCGAUCGCCCAAGACAUCAGCAGGUUACUGGAAAUGUUGCGGUCACGUGCCGGUACUGGCGACGCCGUAGUUUUCAUGAGUAACGGUAGUUUUUCCGACGCACCUCGUCGCUUCGUCACUAGCCUCGAAGGAGCGACCGCAUGA